GACAGUUCGAGGCGGUGCUUUCAGGCUAUGCUUUAUUGCUCGGGAGGGGGACAUUACUGAGUCGGGCGUGGGAGUCAGGCAAUCUUUCCUAUUCUAUCUGGAUAAAUGAAAGCUGACAACUAGACCACUUUAUUGCAGCGUCCAUCACAGACUGUCUCGGGCAUCUUGCUGCGUCUAAAACUUUGAAUUGUGCCCCCUCGCCGAGGAGCACUCCAACCCGCUCGAAGAAGAACGACGGCCGGACAACGCUCAUCAUCGCGAAAUAUAGGCCGUUGCUGACCUGUUUGCAUGGUGUGAUGAUCUGAAGCGCCUUUUCUAAACAAAGCCCUUGCCUUACGCAGGCAGCAUGUCCGCCCCCACAGACCCAGAGGUGAAGGAGCUGAACCCAGUCGACUUCAUCCAGCUACAGCAGUACAUUGACUACUGCACGCUGAAGGUUAAAGAUGUGCUGAGGGAAUUUGAUGCAGAUGGCAGGCUGGCCCAGCACAGACAUGGAGAGUGUAUCAAUGAGGAGGGCUUCCGUCUCUUCCUGAAGACCUAUCUGGAGGUGGAGGACUUCCCUAAGGAUCUCUGCCAGCGCCUCUUUCGAUCCUUCCAGAGCGGAACCGAACCUGACGGGCAGGACAAUGCUAAAGAGGUAUUUCUGAAGGAUGUUUCAUGUUACUUCUCCCUGCUGGAGGACGGCCAGCCCAGAGACAAGCUGGAGUUUGCUUUCAAACUGUACGACAGAGAUGGCAAUGGCGUCCUUGACAGCUCCGAAGUGGACCGGAUCAUUGCUCAGAUGAUGCACGCUGCAGAUUACCUUGGUUGGGAUGUGUCUGAGCUGAGACCAGUGCUGAAGGACAUGAUGACGGCCAUCGAUGCAGACAGCAGUGGCACGGUCUCUCUGGAUGAGUGGGUGGAGGGAGGAAUGAACAACGUCCCCCUGCUGGUGUUACUGGGUCUGAAGAUGACUCAGAAGGAUGGGCAGCACCUAUGGAGGAUGAAGCAUUUCAACAAGCCUGUCUACUGCAACGUUUGUCAGAGCAUGCUGCUAGGACUAAGGAAACAGGGGCUUUGCUGCACCUGCUGUAAAUACACGGUCCAUGGACGCUGUGCCAACAUAAACCCAGCUCCCUGUACCAGGACCUAUGUCAAAUCUAAGAAAGACACAGGGGUUCCAACCCAUGACUGGGUCAGUGGGAACUGUGACUCUGGGAAGUGUGACAAGUGUCAGAAGAAGAUCAAGAGUUAUCACGGGCUGACGGGAAAACACUGUGUCUGGUGUCACUCCAUGCGCCAUGAUGACUGUGCCUCCCAGGAGCCCUCCGACUGUAACUGUGGACCUCUCAGAGACCAUAUCCUCCCCCCCUGGGCUAUCUACCCUGUUAUAAAGGAGAGGUCAAACAGCAUAAAGAACGGCUCCUCAAGCUCAGCCGACGACAGUGACCACAACACCACUCCUGAUGGACAGGUGCUUCAGAUUAAUCCGGUACCAGACACUCAUCCUCUUCUAGUGUUUGUGAACCCUAAAAGUGGAGGCAAGCAGGGAGAAAGAGUUCUGCGCAAAUUUCAGUAUUUGCUGAAUCCACGGCAGGUGUACAACCUCUCCAAUGGUGGACCUGGACCGGGGCUGUGCUUCUUCAGAUCUCUGAAGGAUUACAGGAUCUUGGUUUGCGGAGGGGACGGCACUGUGGGCUGGAUACUUGAUGCCAUAGACAAAGCCAAUCUUCAAGUGCGGCCACCUGUGGCUGUGUUACCCCUGGGCACAGGAAAUGACCUCGCACGUUGUCUUAGAUGGGGAGGAGGUUAUGAUGGGACAGAUCUGUGUCGUAUCCUGAAGGAGAUUGAGGUCAGCACCCCGGUGCUGAUGGACCGCUGGAAUGUAGAGGUGAUCCUUGAGGACCCCCAGGAGACAGGAGACCCUGUGCCUUAUGAGAUCAUCAACAACUACUUCUCCAUCGGAGUGGACGCCUCUAUUGCCCACCGUUUUCAUACGAUGAGAGAGAAACACCCCCAGAAAUUCAACAGCAGAAUGAAGAACAAGUUGUGGUACUUUGAGUUUGCCACCUCAGAGACCAUCUCUGCUUCGUGCAAGAAACUGAAUGAAUGUCUUACAAUUGAGUGCUGCGGCACCCCAUUAGACCUGAGUGGCCGUUCUAUGGAGGGGAUCGCUGUCCUCAACAUUCCCAGCAUGCACGGUGGAUCCAACCUGUGGGGAGAAGCCAAGAAGAGUGAAUGCAAGUGCUUGAUGAAUCCUCAGGAAAUGCCUGUGGUUAUUGUUGACCCUGAAGUCUUGAAAGUCAGUGGACAAGAUGUCAGUGACCGGCGUUUGGAGGUGGUUGGCCUCGAAGGGGCCAUGGAGAUGGGACAGAUAUAUACAGGACUUAAGAGCGCUAUACGACUAGCAAAAACCUCCCAGAUCACAAUCAGGACGAAGAAACCUUUACCGAUGCAGAUAGACGGAGAGCCCUGGAUGCAGCCACCCUGUACGAUUCACAUCACACACAAGAACCAGGCCAGUAUGCUGAUGGCUCCCCAGGGCCGGCCCAGCUUCUUCAGCUCAAAGUAGUAGCCUGCACCCCUGGCUUCAAGCUGUAACAUGGCUGGCCUGUAUACACUUGCUUAUUAUUGUACAUUUUGUUGAAGGCCCAGUGCAGUCAAAUGUGAUUUUCCUGUGUUUUAUAUAUAUUUCCUCUCUGAGGUUAGAGUAAUAUUGUGCAAAUUAUUAUAUUGUCCUUUUAGUGCAAGAGCUGUUUGAAGAGACUGCCUAACAUUUCUGCCUGUUUUGCUGUGAAGGAGUUUUGGCCAUGGUAGUAAGUUAGCGAAUAGACUGAUAAGAAAUAGUUCCAAACCUCUCUGUCAGUGUCAACAGAUGUGGUAAAGAGGUCAAUGGAAGUUGACCAAAACAAGGAAAAUGCCAUGGAAGCACGGUGGGGAAGAUCCUGAAAGAUUUGCCUACAAUUGCAUUUAUGCUAUUGUUUGUGUAUUUCACACUAUGUUGAGGUAGAAAUAGGAGUAUAAUGCUUGUAUGGAUGUCAACCCCAAUACAUGUUAAAUCAAAUCACCUUCCCCAAUCAAGUCAUCAAUCAACUUCAAUAUAGUUGAAAACAACUUUGAUUACCACCACCGAUUUCUGUGUGCUUCCAGCUUAUACCAACCGGAGUUAGCAUUUAGCAGUCACUUCUUCUAAACCUGAAAAGGGACAACUUAUUGAUGUUAUGCAGCUAAAACAGCCAAACAUCCAAAUCAGACUUCAGUAACUUCAGUUGUGGGUCGGGCUGGGCGAGUUCCAUGCUUCCUCCGGAAGCAACGUCAGCAGAAGAACUGUUUCAUCGGGAGGUUCAUGAAAUGGGUUUCCAUGGGCGAGCAGCCUAAGAUCAAAAUGUGCAAAGGCAAGCGUCGGCUGGAGUGGUGUAAAGCUCGCCACCAUUGGAGCAGUGGAAAUGCGUUCUCUGAAGUGAUGAAUCACACUUCACCAUCUGGCAGUCCGACGGACUAAUCUGGGUUUGGCAGAUGCCAGGAGAACUCUAACUGCCCGAAUGCAUAGUGCUAACUGUAAAGUUUGGUGGAGGAGGAAUAAUGGUCUAGGGCUGAUUUUCAUGGUUCGUGCAAGGCCCCUUAGUUCCAGUGAAGGGAAAUCUUAAUACUACAGCAUACAAUGACAUUCUAGACGACUCUGUGCUUCAAACUUUGUGGCAACAGUUUGGGAAAAGCCUUUUCCUGUUUCAGCAUGACAAUGCCUCCGUGCACAAAGCGAGGUCCAUACAGAAAUGGUUUGUUGAGAUCCGUGUGGAAGAACUUCACUGGCCUGCACAGAGGCCUUACCUCAACCCCAACGAACACCUUUGGAAUGAAUUGGAAUGUCGACUGCGAGCCAGGCUUAAUCACCCAACCUCUCUAAUGCUCUUGUGGCUGAAUGGAAGCAAGUACCCACAGCAAUGUUCCAACAUAAUCAAACAUGAUAAUUCGAUAUAUAAUAAUAUAAUAAUAAUAUAUCCCAUUUAGCAGACGCUUUUGUCCAAAGCGACUUACAAGUCGGCUGGGGCCACUACUUUGACAUAUGGGUGGCCCCAGAGGGAAUCGAACCCACGACGCUUGGCGUUGCAAGCGCCAUGCUCUACCGACUGAGCCACACAGUUCCUCAUCCCAUAUCACCCAUCCCAAAUUGUGGGCCUGUUAAAAUGCAUCAAUCGUGACGGAUUUGACGAAUAUCGACUUUGUUAGAUCAGAUUUGUUGGUUGUCCACCAAUCCGGCAUCCUCCUAUCCCCCGUGGUCUGCAUUCCGUUGACCUCUGUAUCGCAUCUAUAACAGCUAAUUGUCAGUUUUCCCCUCCCCACUCAGACCACUCCCAGACAGUCCGAGCAAAGUUCUCGCUUGAGGAAUUGCCAUUUGCUUAGAAGUUAUUUUCGACCAUUUUAAAUGAAAACAGCCACAAUAAGGUAUUUAAUUGUUACAUAGAAAUGAUUUGAUAUUGAGAUAAAAACGGUUACAUUGGACCUUUUUAAAUGACUGAAGCAACUUGGUUUGUCAAACAGUUGGUAUGUGCAUGUUUUAGAGAGAUGUUGACCAACAUUUUCAGAAAGUUCAGUACGUAUGUUUUAGUUCUGCCACAAUGCAAGUCUAUAUUAUGAAAGCCUUACAAACUACAGCUGUAGAUUAACUUGAUGUCCACAGUUAUAUAUUUAAGCUAAGAACUUAGUGUGCCUUUUGUCAUAAUUUAGCCAAAUUCAUCUAAAGUGUUUAUCAAGGAGUGAAAAACUGCUAUGAUUCUGCUUGAAAACUUUGAGUGAAAUGUUUAUUUAGCAAGGUUUUUAUUGUAACUGCAUUUUCUAAUUUGUUAUUCUAUUUUAGUAGAAUCAUUUUAAAUGUGUGUAUGUACAGUACCAGUCAAAAGUUUGGACACCUUCUCAUUCAAGGGUUUUUCUUUAUUUUUACUAUUUUCUACAUUGUAUAAUAAUAAUAAUAAUAAUAAUAAUGAAGACAUCAAGAUAAUGAAAUAACACAUUUUUACUGCUGCUCUUUAACUUUCUUUUUUUUAAAUUAUUUACUUAACACUUAUUUUUCUUAACUGCAUUGUUGGUUAAGGUCUUGUAGAGAAAAUGCCAAGCAUGUGCAAAACUGUCAAGGCAAAGGGUGGCUACUUUGAAGAAUCUAAAAUAUAUUUUGAUUUGUUUAACACUUUUUGGUUAAUUCCACAUGUGUUAUGUAGUAUUUCAUUGUUAUCACUAUUAUUCUUCACUAUUAUUUGACAAUGUAGAAAAUAGUAAAAAUAAAGAAACCCUUGAAUGAGUAGGUGUGUCCAAACUUUUGAUGUGUGUGUGUGAGAGAACUGAGCAAAAAAAGAAACGUCCCUUUUUCAGGACCCUGUCUUUCAAAGAUAAUUCAUAAACUCCAAAUAACUUCACAGAUCUUCAUUGUAAAGGGUUUAAACACUGUUUCCCAUGCUUUUUUCAAUGACCCAUAAACAAUUAAUGGACAUGCACCUGUGGAACGGUUGUUAAGACACUAACAGCUUGCAGACGGUAGACAAUUAAAGUCACAGUUAUGAAAACAUAGGACACUAAAGAGGCCUUUCUACUGACUCUGAAAAACACCAAAAGAAAGAUGCCCAUGAUCCCUGCUCAUCUGCGUGUACUUGCAUGAGGCAAGGAGGCAUACGGACUGCAGAUGUGGCCAGGGCAAUAAAUUGCCAUGUCCGUACUGUGAGACGCCUUUGACAGUGCUACAGUGAGAUAGGACGGACAGCUGAUCCUCGCAGUGGCAGACAACAUGUAACAACACCUGCACGGGAUCGGUACAUCUGAACAUCACACCUGCAGGACAGGUACAGGAUGGCAACAACAACUACCCGAGUUACACCAGGAACGCACAAUCCCUCCAUCAGUGCUCAGACUGUCAGUGCUGAGAGAGGCUGGACUGAGGGCUUGUAGGCCUGUUGUAAGGCAGGUCCUCACCAGACAUCAACAACAUCGCCUAUGGGCACAAACCCACCGUCGCUGGACCAGACAGGACUGGCAAAAAGUACUCUUCACUGACGAGUCACGGUUUUGUCUCACCAGGGGUGAUGGUCAGAUUCGCGUUUAUUGUCGAAGGAAUGAGCGAGGCCUGUACUCUGGAGCGGGAUCGAUUUGGAGGUGGAGGGUCCGUCAUGGUCUGUGGCGGUGUGUCACAGUAUCAUCGGACUGAGCUUGUUGUCAGUGCAGGCAAUCUCAAUGCUGUGCGUUACAGUGAAGACGCCCUCCUCCCUCAUGUGGUAGGUACCCUUCCUGCAGGCUCAUCCUCACAUGACCCUCCAGCACGACAAUGCCACCAGCCAUACUGUUCGUUCUGUGUGUGAUGUCCUGCUGUGUUCUGCCAUGGCCACCGAAGAGCCCAAAUCUCAAUCCCAUCGAGCACGUCUAGGACCUGUUGGAUCGGAGGGUGAGGGCUAGGACCAUUCCCUCCAGAAAUGUCCGGGAACUUGCAGGUGCCUUGGUGGAAGAGUGGGGUAACAUCUCACAGCAAGAACUGGCAAAUCUGGUUCAGUCCAUGAGGAGGAGAUGCACUGCAGUACUUAAUGCAGCAGGUGGCCACACCAGAUACUGACUGUUACUUUUGAUUUUGACCCCCCCCCCCUUUGUUCAGGGACACAUUAUUCCAUUUCUGUUAGUCACAUGUCUGUGGGACUUGUUCCGUUUGUCUCAGUUGUUGAAUCUUAUGUUCAUACAAAUAUUUACACAUGUUAAGUUUGCUGAAAAUAAAUGCAGUUGACAGUGAAAGGACUUUUCUUUUCUUGCUGUGUGUGUGUGUGUGUGUGUGUGUGUGUGUAAAUAUAUGGUCAUUGAAAGUCUAGAAUUUUCUAGGAUGUAUUAAGCUAUGAAAUAUUUUGAAUUGCAAUGCAUAAAGCUUGUGGUAAUAUACCCACAAGUAAUAAUUAAUGCAGAUUGUAUUUGAAAUGAUUAUGCACUCAUUAGUGCUUCUGUAUGUAAGCAGGAAACCCUUUGCCCCAAUGUCCUAAGACCAAACCACAUUGAAUUGUUUUCAAAGCAGACCUUAAAUGUCAUUUUAAAUAAGCUUUUAGCUUUAAUAUAUUGAGUGACCGUUUGGAUUGAAAAUGAAUUGUUUACUUCUCUCUCAAUGCCAGGCAUCCGUUUAUCUUAUUGAAUAUAUCUAAUUGGAGGUUAGCCAUAUCAUAAAUCCUGAGAAUGUUAAAAAAUAUUUCAAAUGAUGCUGUAUAUAUUUCAAUAAACCAUCAUGACAUGA